AUGACCGGCGACGAAGCGUCGCAAGGCGAGUCGGAGCAAUUUAGCCCCAGUUUUCUGUUCUGCAGGACGCUGCUCAUUAAUGCAAGAUGUGCAUUGCAGCAGUGCGCCGUGUGGCGAUCAUGGUGCAGAUUUUCAUACGAUCGACCAAACGUUCUGGGAUCAGGAAGUGUCUUGCAGCCGUCAACACAACCAUGCUCAUCCCCCGACGGCAGUUCGUCGCUGGCAGACGACCUACGGAAAAGUAUCAGUAUCAUCCAAGCCGAAAAGCGUCAGCUUGAACAAGCGUACACGCAGCUCGUCAGCAACGUUGCUAAAAUCAGGUUGAAUCGGCUCCAUUCAAACUCGCACAGUGCCCAUGAGAAACUGCAAGCGUCGUUACGGGAGAAUUCCGUUGAGGCCGAGCGUAAUCUGAGUUUGUUCCGCGACGCUGAGAAGAAAAUACACGGGAUAGUGCCGCUUUUCGAAGAGAUCGACAAGCUUAAGCAAGAAUCAGUUCAAAUCAGACGGCACGCUGACGAAGAGAAGAAACUGCUCAUGUAUCAACUCCACGAGAUGGAGCUGGCUGUGCAGAAAGCCAAAAGCGAAAUGACGCAGAGCAAAGCCACCAGUCAGGAACAGCUGCUGCAGUUGGAGAACAAUGCUCACGGUUUACGGAACACGAUCAAGCACUUAUCAGUUUUGUAUAAGAUGGAGAAACACGCUAAUGAUGGAUUAAGACGGUUGAGAGACGAUCUGCUGCACAAUAAAGAAAUCCAGAUUUCAUCCAAAACCAGUCAAAUCACAGGGCGAAUUCAGUGGACCGGGUACAUCACCGCAAAAGAGACCGCAGACAACACCGGUUGCAUGCAUCAAACAGCGAAUCAACGAGUGCGUCUGUUCACCGGAAUUAAGUACAACCUCCACGUGCGACGGUUCUGUGCCGAUCUUUUUUCGGUGACACGAAAUUGUUGUUAACGGUUUGCCUGCUGAAAUUUCGUUUGUCGGUUGGAGACCGAGAAGGUUUGGCCUUUUAUGGAAAUUCUUCUCAGUUUGAUAGAGUCAGUACUUUAUGCUAUCAUUCCUUACAGUUUCUGCCUGAAGGACAUGUGAAACAAUAAUACUGGGUAAUGUAGACCGAAUGAGUUUAA